AUGAUCAUUGACAGUGGAAGUACAGAAAACUAUGUUUCUUCAAAGUUAGUUGAGAAACUUGGUUUACCUGUUACUCUUCAUCCAAAACCGUAUUCAGUUGGAUGGAUAAACAGCUCUUCCACUCAGCAAAUUCAUCAUCAAUGUUUGGUGAAGUUUUCUUUACCUAGGUAUUCAGAUUAUGUUUUGUGUGAUGUUAUUAACAUGACUGCAGCAAGUUUAUUAUUGGGAAGACCAUGGCAGUAUGAUAUUCGUGUUGUUCAUAACUGCUAUGAGAAUACUUAUACCUUUGUUCAUGAAGGGUUUACUAAAGUUCUAUGGGCUUUACAAUCUUCUAAUUCAGUCAAGGAACCAUCAGAUAAGAAGACAAAUGCACUAGUUGCUACCAUUGUUCAUUCUUUACAACCAAAUCAUUCUUUGAGUUCUCAUGAAGCUGAUAAACCAAUGGUGGAAAUUCCAGACAAGGUACAACCUUUAUUAUCUUCUUUCAAUGACUUAUUUCCUACUGAAUUACCCAAUGUUUUUCCUCCAUUAAGAGAUCUACAACAUCAGAUAGACUUUAUACCUGGAACUUCUAUUCCUAAUUAA